AUGGUUGAAAGCACAGAAAAGACGAUUACUCAGCUGAGACACCAAUAUAGUUGCGGCACGUAUGGAAGCUUCGACUUGAAAAAGGAUGUGGAGUUUGAGAUUGAUGACUCCAGUAAUGGUGAUACAGGAGGAAAAUUGAAAGAAGUGCAUGAAGUCCACAUGCUUAAUGCUACAUUCUGCAAUCUGCACUAUAUCACAAUAACAGACCUGAGAAGACUUCUGGUAAGAUCCUUUACAGAGUGUUUUAGUUCAUCUGGGGAUGCUCUUAUGAGCUUUUCCACCACAUCAAAAGCUCUUUCCACCUGCAACCAAGGUAAAAAUUUACAAAGCAUUAAACUUUUAGCAAAUAGGUCUCUCCCAUUAAUAGCCAUCUCACAAAGCUUUACGGUAUUCAUCAGCAUAGCAUUCCUACUAACAAAGCUUAAAAUCCUAAAUACCAAUGUCGGUCGUCUAGCAUUAUCAUCCUUGAUGUUUACUGAUGUUGUUAGUCUCCCUAUGCUUUAUGCACCAUGGUGCCGCUUCUUUCAGACCGUUGCAACUGAGGACCUGUACAAGUGA